UGUAUUAGUGAUUGCUUUGUUAUUCAUAAAUAUUACCACAAUUCAUGAUUAAAUAAUAUUAAUUAUCAUUUAACAAUUGUAAUAAAACAAGUGUUGUUUUAAAAAAAAUUACAAAUAAAAUAACAAAUAUGUUUGUUAAUCAGAUUAAGUUCGUGUAAAUACGCAUUUGCAACAUGGCCGAACAAAGCAAAAUCGCAAGAGAGUUGUGAGUGUUACGCAUUGCAGGCCAAGUACUUCCAUCACAAAGUGGACUUUUUGAAAGUAAAAAAACACAAUUGUUCUACUGACAGUAAUACAAACUAAUGUGUAAUUCAUGAUUAGCAAAAAAUAAUUUAAAAGUUCAAAAGGCCUAACUUGCUCAAGGAAGCUAAUAAUCGCUGAUUAUCCAAAUGUUUUUAUUUCGGUCCAAAUGUUGUUAUGACUACUAUAGGUUUUUCUAUGAUUUUGCUCGAUUAAAAUUAUAAAUUAUUAUAUUUAAUUAUAAGAGCAAGAAUGUUUGUAUACGACUGAUUUAUAGUAAACAUCGUCAAGUACUUGCUCGAUGACCGGUUUAAAUGAUAAUAUUCGUUUUCGUUCAAUCGAGAUGAUCUUGACGAUGUGUGAUUUGUUUAAAUUAUGAUGAUUAGCUUGUAAAUAUUGCUAAAUGCGUACUAUGGAUAUCGAGGUGGAGACGAGCAAAGUUGAUGGAAUUGGCGAAACUAAUCCCGGUUGUUCCGGGUAUUCUGGAAUGGUUCAUAGUAAAAAAGUCAUUAAACAUGCCUUGCGUCAACAAGCGAAAAGACGGAGAAAAAAUACAACAAUUGCAUCGGGUAAUUCACGAACACUUCCUCGAAUUGUUGUUAAACCUCUUGCACCUCCACCGGCUCCGUCGCCGCCUCCACCAACUAAUGAUCCACCGCUUUCAAUACCUAAUAUGCAGCACUCUAUAAUAGUCGAAGAGCCAGCUGCAACGAUGAGAGAAGUCUUAGCAAGUUUACCAGGGUUUAGUCUUAAGUCUAGUAGAAGACGUUCUACGAAAAGACUCUCUGCAGCCGCACAGUUGGAGGCAGGUUUAGUAGACUUAGAGUCCCCAGCUAGUAUCCUUGCGAGCACAAGUCUUCGGGCGUUGUUAAACAGGCAUACCUUCCAAGGACUUCCUCCGUUGUAUCAGAGGAAGCUCGCUCAAUUAUUGCCUGCUGUCGAUAGACAAGAUGCUGCUACUUCUGGACUAAAUAACGAAUUUUUUGCUCGCGCUUGUUUAGAAUGGCGUAAACGACUAGCUGAGGGUGAAUUUACGCCUGAAAAUCAGCAAAGACUGAAAAUGGAAGCGGAAAAGGAUAAAAAUAAACUCGAUCCUUGGAAACUUAAACACUUUGAGCCUAUCUGGGGUGAAAAGAGAGAACCUAAAUUUAGACUUGGAUUGCACUGUAUGAAUGAACCAAGAACUGGAGGAGCAGUUACAAGGUCGAGUUUACGCCUUAGAUUAGAGUCUACCCAUGAGCAAUAUACGCCUGAAUUAUAUCAACGACCUGUUAUAACUACCGAAAAAAUAGAAGAGACUGAUGCUCCGACUAGAAUAAAUCCACCGGUCCCUGAGACUCCAAGUAUUAAUUCUGACACGUCACAUGAAUCUUUAUUAAAGGAUACUACGAUUCCUGAAAUAGAUAAUAGACUGGAGGAGCAACCACCUAGUGAUAAUAUUGUAGAAACAGUAAUAACUAAUGGAAUAAUUGAAAAAGAAAGUAAUGAAGAAGAAUAUAAAGAAGAGUUGGAGAAACUUGAAAGUCCUUUAGAAACAGAAAUUCCAAUGGAAACUAAUCAAACAAAUAUUUCUGAAAUUAUUGAAGUCGAAAUUCAGCCUGAAGAAGAAUCUAAGGAACCAGAAAUAAUACCAUCACCGAGUCCUGAGGAAAAAAUUCACUUGGAAGAACAAAUUAUUCAAGUACUAACGCCUGUUGUUACAGAAGAAAUUACAACAGUAGUUACGAGUGUGACACCGACAAUGAUUGUAACCGAGUCAGAUUUAGAACAUUCGCAAGAAUUUACAGUCGGCGAGCAAAUUGAGUGUCAAUCUCAGGACGAGUGUGAUACAAUCACAGAGCUUACAAUGAGUUUAUCUGAAGUGUCGGAAAUCCAAGUAGAUGUUGAAGAUCAUUUCGAUGCACAAUUUGAUACUUCGAGAGCUGACAGUGAUAAAAUAUUUGAGAUAUCUGAAUGUGAAAAUGCUGCUGCAGUUGAGAGUAUAUCAGCUCAUGAUUCUGUUAAAUCUGAUAGUCUUAUUCUUGAAGAUCACGAUGUUAUAAAUGUUCAGAUUAACGCAGAUACCAUUAGCGCUAAUUCAGCAGACUCUGAACCUAUUCCUGAUGCUAUGGAAAUUGACAGCGAAACACUGCAACGUAUUCAUGAACUUGAGGUACGAGGAGAAAUGAGAGAAGCCUAUGAAGAAAUUUCCGGUUGUACGGAAGAAAUAAUUUAUCCCAUAUUAGAAGGUAUGGAAAUAGGUUCUAAUGGAUCCGAAGAAACUGACACACAAGAAGUAACAGAAGCAACAGAAGAUAUUCGAGAACAGUCUGAUAUUGUAGAAAUUAAUGAAGAUGAAGAACUUCGUGAUGCUAAUAACUAUGUUUGUUCUGAAAUGUUAGAAUGUAGUUGGCCUGUAGAUACCACUGUAACUAACAACAAUACUACUAUUGAUGAUAAUUCAUCACAUGAAGAUCUUCAGGUUCCCUGGCCUUUGGUUGCAGCUGCUUUAGAUGGCUCUGUUGCCGCAAAUAUUACAGUGACGACACAGGAUGAGUGCAACGAUACAUCAACAACAACCGACUCAACAACGUCAAAUCAGCAAGUUCAAGUUCAGCAGCAACAACAGCAAUCACCAUUUGUUAACGAAACUUCAACUGAGUCAGUCAACUGCAUAUCUUUGCCAGUUGUCCAAAGUACACCCUUCCAGUCUGAUGGAAUGACAAUAAGUGCCCCAGUCACUAGUUGUCUUUUAAAAAAUGUUCAAACAUCACAAAGUCCGCCCAUUAUUGCUUUUCCAACUCUGCAACCCAUACGAUUUGUUCCUACGCGAUUACAUGCAAGCCAUGAUAAUACCCCAACGACGACGUUGACGAGUACAUUACCAACACGAAUCUCAACCCAACAACAUAGUCAAACUACACACCAUGUUAAUGUCACUCGCUCAACGGAAGAAAUUGUUCAACUGGCCCAAAAUAACAUGGCUCGUGUUAAUCCACCUAAUAACAUUAAUAUCAGAAGCAAUUCAAUUCCACCACAUCAACAUGUUCAAGCAACAGUUAGUGUUACCACUGCGGGACAUCCACAAAGUGCAAUAGUAGUUCAACAUCAAACUCCGAUUCCAGUAACUCAAUCUCGGCCGAUUGUUGCAAAUAUGCAACCGCAGCAGUUCACAAAUACUAAUGUUACUGCCAGAUCGGCACGUUCUUCAGGCCCAGGGAGCUAUCGUGGUUCAAGAAAUGGUAACAAAGAACAAAGCAGUAGUAGAUCAAGAAGCUCGACUAAAGAACCGCCUGGAGCUGUUAAUUUAGAACGAAGUUAUCAAAUUUGUCAAGCGGUUAUUCAAAGUUCACCAAAUAGAGAUCAAUUGAAAGCUCACUUAAAACCACCACCCAGUCUGCUUGCUCGUGGAGACGGUGCAUUUACCACAAACAAAUCUGGUGGUCGCACAAUAACAACUGUUAAAACACAAAAAUCACAUCAAACAUCACAUCAACAUCAAAAACAUAGUCAAAAUAAAACUCAAGCUGUAAUGCUGAGACAAGUGUUUGCAACAGCGCGUCAGCCAGCGCCUAUUGAGGUGACAGAAAAUAGCAAUACUGCAGUCGCACAACUUAGUACUAACGGUGCCGGUAAUUUCGGGCAAUACAUCUUAGUACAAAGAACUGGAGUAAGUGAUGGGGCACCACGUGCUUCAUCAGCUCCACCUUUGCCGCCUCAAAUCACAGGAAUCGGUGUGGGAGUUCACUUAGUACGAGGUCGACCUGCGAGUGCUGGUGAAGGAUCACAUCAAGCUGUUACGCUGAAAGCGAGAGGAACCUCAGACGGUAGAGGUAAUGGAGGAGCUGAGCCGGGUGCACCAGGUAUAAUUAUGGGUGGUGAUCCUCCACCUCCUUGUGAAUGUACUAUCCGCGGUGCCAUGGUUAUUUGUCGUCAGUGUGGAGCAUUUUGUCAUGACGAUUGUAUCGGACCUCAACGUAUUUGUGCGACGUGUCUUAUACGCUGACGUUAAAAAUGCAAAUUAAGAUAACUUGAUAUUUCUAUGAAAAACUUGAAAUCAUGUGAAGUCAUGAGAUUUCGUGUUAUAUCCAUGACGUGAUACUAAAAGUCUUUAUUUACGAUAAAAAGCGAGAGUGAAAAAUUAAAAAGAAUGAAGUUAAAAAUAAGCUCAUGUAUCGUAUAUCGUCGCAUUUGCAAUUAAGUUAUUUUUCUUACUCACAAAAGUCUUAUCUAUAUUUUUUUUAAUAAUUCGUAUAGUGUACUUGUUUCUUCAAUCUUGCUAUGAAAAAUUUUUAAAAAUAAAUUACAUGCGGCUUCUUUUUGCAUAAACUAUAUAUUAUAAAAAAUUUUAGAUGUAAUUUUAUUUUUAGUUUUAAAAAUUGUAUAAAAAAAAUCAGCUCAUUUUUCUAAUUAUCAGCUAAAUUAUACUUGUUCUACAGUUAAACUAUAAAUUAAAUUGUUAAAUUAAUUAUUGGUACAAAAAAAUAUCAAUUGUGAUGUAUAUCAUUUGUUUUUACAGUACGAACGUCCACAAUGGAGCUUGCUUUGAUCUAUGAUGUUUAAUUAAUAAAUAAAAUACCGAAGUUAAAGGUGCAGAUGUCUAAAAAAAAAAAAAAAAUCAAUAGAAUUUUUGUUUUCCUCUUAUACGUUCAAUAUGCGUCAAAGCUCAACAUUGAAAAAAUGUAGAAAAUGAAUGCAUUAAACAAAAUUAUUAAAAAAUGAAACAACUAAGAAAGAAAAUGUUUUCAUCACAAAAUAAUGAAAUUUGAUGACGAGAUUUGGAGGCACAGAGUAUAUAACUCUCAUCUCGUUUUUGAUAUUCUACUCGUUUUAAAAUCAAUGCAAGAUUGUUCAUAAAAAUAAAAUAAAAAGCUACACAAGCAUACACAUCUAAAACAAAACGGUGAAUAGUACAACAACGUAUACAAUUGUAAAAUGUAUGCCUAGAAAUCAACAAAUUAAAUACUUAGAUUAAAACUAA